GUAUCUACUCGGGUAUUAUUAUUUUGAUAAGUCAAAAUCAAGUACAAAAAAAAACUACCUGCAAAGUAAUAAAGCUGAUGAAAAAAAUAGUUUUGAUACUUUAACAUAAAGCUUUCAUUUUAAUAGUGUUUUGUAAGCGGAGUUGUGGGCGGCUCUUGACCGCAGUCUCCAGGAUAGGAUGUGAUGUUUCACAUGCACUUUGAUAUCAUAAAUCAACGCUACCUCUGUCACGUAAAUGAAACCCUGAGCUAAAUUAGAACAAUAGCCCACUGCUUUGGUCCUAUAAUCCAAAUAAAGUUACAAUGGGAAGGUUAUUAUUGUUGCUUUUCUUGUGUCACUUUUCAUCAUCAGUAAAACACUCCUUGCAGUAUUUCUUCACUCAAACAACUGGAGUCCAGAGCAUCCCUGAGUUUGUGGCUGUUGCCCUUUUUGAUGGAGUUCAGGGAGGUUACUAUGAUAGCAGCACAAGAAGAGCAGAACCCAAAACAGAAUGGAUUAAAAAGCUCAUGAAGGAUGAUCCUCAGCACCUGCAGUGGUACGCUGAUCAAUCUUUGCACACCAAUGAGGUUUUCAAACAUUACAUUUGGAGUUUAAGGCAACGUUUCAACCAAACUGGAGGUGUUCAUAUUUUGCAGAGUAUGAAUGGCUGUGAAUGGGAUGAUGAGACUGGAGAGGUUACUGGGUUCAUUCAGUACGGUUAUGAUGGAGAAGAUUUUAUAGCAUUGGACCUGCAGAAACUGACAUGGAUCACUGCAAAGCCACAGGCUGUCAUCACCAAACUCAGAUGGGAUACUGAAAAAACUCGAUUAGAACACAAUAAAGAACUUUUCAUCCAUAAAUGUCCUGAGCUUUUAAAGAACUAUUUGCAGUAUGGGAGGAGCUUUUUGCAGACAGCAGUCCUACCUUCAGUGUCUCUCCUCCAGAAGUCGUCCUCCUUUCCAGUCAGCUGCCACGCUACAGGUUUCUACCCUGACAGAGCCGUGAUGUUCUGGAGGAAAGAUGGAGAGGAGAUCCAUGAAGGUGUGCAUCACACAGAGAGCCUUCCCAACAAUGAUGGGACCUUCCAGAUGAGUGUUGAUUUGAAACUUUCAGUCACACCUGAAGACUGGCAGACGUACGACUGUGUGUUUCAGCUCUCUGGCGUGAACGAGUACAUUGUCACCAAACUGGACAAAACAGCGAUCAGGACCAACUGGGAGAAGCCCACUGACAUCAGAGCUACAGUGGUUGUUCUAGCGAUCGUCCUCAUUGCAGCUGUUGCAGUUGGGGCAGCUGUGGUGUUUUUCACUUACAAAAGAAAGAAAGCUCCUGACAAUGUCUCUGAACAGUCUGAGAGACUAAAUCCACAAACGUGACCGACACUCAAGCUGUUCUGUGCUCCACUCUCUGUAUGACUUUAGUCUGGCUGUUUAAGUUCUUCCACAGCUU